ACGUCAACGGCACGUCCAAGUCUGGCAACGUGUACGCCAACAUCGACACGGGCAGCGGCACCAACAAAAAGUCCGGCAGCCUUAAGUCCUCGAAAUCAAGGUCGAACAAGGUCACCAUCAGUGGGAACUCCAUGAUGCAGGGCACGACCUAUGACGUCCCACGGGCGGCCACCCACAUCUACGACUCCCCACAGAGGCAGGUGCGGUCCGUGGCGUCGACGCAGGCCAGCGAGUAUGACACGCCGAAAAACAACCGCUCGAUCCUGCCGCAGUCCACGCAGAUCGUCCUCAAGGCCAAGAACGACCAAAAGUCCAAGAUCGACGACAUCUUCGCCGACUGCGACAAGGACUCCCUCGAGGGCGACAGGGACAGAGAACCCGACAUUCCUUCGCCAGGACGAAACACAUACGUCCAUGCCGAUUUUGAUUACGGCAGCGAGGAGGAGGGAGACGGCUAUGAGGACGCGGCCAAUGACUACGUCUCAGCUGAGUUUCCUGACGAAGGCCUGGGCGAAUCCGACAGCAGGUCCUAUUAUGCGGAAGAUCCUGCAGGCCUCGAGGUCAUCCUAGAGGAACCCGAGGAGGACUACUGCAGCUCACACGGGUCCGAGGACGACCUCCAGAGGGACGUGGACAUCACCCACGAGCUCAAGGGCGAGAGGAGGUCGCUGGACGGCUCCGAGGGGAUCGGGUCGGCUGAAGGAGACAGCCACUCGUC